AUGGCCAUUGGUGGCCAAGGGCAAGAGGCGCUACACCUGACCCUCUUACCUGCUACAGGCAACGUGGCAGAGAAUUCUCCACCUGAGACUUCAGUGCACAAGUUUUCUGUGAAUUUGUCAGCAUCCCUGUCACCUGUAGCCCCUGGGUUUCCCCUGAUAAUCAACUCAAAUCCCGUCACUGAAGAAGCCUUCCGGGUCAAUAGGCUGUCAGGCACUGACUUUGAGGUUGUCACCACUGGGAAGGAACCACUAGAUUUUGAAGCCGGACCAAAUAUAUUUGACUUACAGAUUUAUGUUAUGGAUGAGGUUGGUGUCACAGACCUCCAGGUCCUGACUGUCCAGGUAACAGAUGUGAAUGAGCCACCUCAGUUUCAAGGCAACUUGGCGAAAGGUCUCGACCUCUACAUAGUAGAAGCCAACCCUGGAUUCAUUUACCAGGUUGAGGCCUUUGAUCCAGAAGACACAAGGCAAAACACACCCCUCAGUUAUUUCCUGAUUUCUCCCUCUAAGAACUUUAGAAUGUCUGCUAAUGGCACCCUCUUCUCCACAACAGGAUUGGACUAUGAAGCGGGACACAGCAGUUUCCAUCUCACUGUGGGAGUGAGGGACAGCCGAGGCCUCAGAGCCUCCACGGAACUCCGGGUGAACGUCGUGAACCUCAACGACGAAAUCCCGCGCUUUACCAGUCCAACGCGAGUGUACACCAUUCCCGAAGAGCUGAGUCUAGGAACCAUUGUGGCCAAUAUCACAGCUGAGGAUCCCGACGAUGAAGGUUUUCCUAGCCACCUCUCGUACAGCAUUACUACCGUUAGCAACUAUUUCAUUAUAAAUCCGUUGACUGGUACAAUUCACGUGGCCCAGAGGAUAGACCGAGAUGCAGGCGAAUUAAGACAAAAUCCCAUCAUUUCUGUAGAGGUUCUGGUGAAGGAUAGACCCCAUGGAGGUCAGGAGAAUCGCAUCCAGAUAACAUUCAUUGUGGAAGACAUCAAUGACAACCCUGCCACAUGCAAAAAGUUCACCUUCAGCAUUAUGGUGCCUGAAAGAACAGCCAAGGGGACGUUGCUUCUCGACCUGAACAAGUUCUGCUUUGACGAUGACAGUGAGGCACCGAACAACAAAUUCAACUUCACCACACCAUCUGGAGCAGGCAGCAGCGGCAGAUUUGUGCAGGAUCCAGCUGGCUCUGGGAAAAUCAUGCUGAUUGGUGAUCUAGAUUAUGAAAAUCCGAGCAAUCUAGCUGCUGGAAAUAAAUACACAGUGAUAACACAGGUGCAGGAUGUUGCCUCUCCUCACUAUAAAAAUAACAUCUACAUUUAUAUCCUAACAAGCCCAGAAAAUGAGUUUCCUCUCAAUUUUCAUAGGCCGUCCUAUGUAUUUGAUGUGUCAGAACUAAAACCGGCUAGAACCCUGGUUGGACGGGUGCAAGCGAGUGAUGAAGACUUUCCCCGCAGCAGCAUUGUGUACUCCAUCUCCACCGGAGGGGCCAGCCUCCAGUACCCAAGCAUAUUUUGGAUUAAUCCUAAAACAGGAGAACUCCAGCUAAUAACUAAAGUGAACUAUGAAACAACUCCUGUCCAUAUUCUCAGUAUCCAGGCUGCCAACUGUGAGGACACAAGCUCAGUGACUGUUACUGUGAACGUCCUGGAAGAAAAUGAUGAAAAGCCAAUUUGUACCCCCAACUCUCAUUUCAUGGCCAUCCCAGUGGAUCUGAAAGUUGGGACAAAUAUUCAGAAUUUCAAGCUGACGUGUACUGACCUUGACUCCGGCCCCAGAUCUUUCCGUUAUUCCAUUGGCUCAGGCAACGUCAAUGGCCAUUUCACCUUGUCUCCUGAUGCUGGGUCCAACGUGACACGCCUGCUGCUUGCAUCCUGCUUUGACUAUGCUGGUGGGCUUGAUAAGAUCUGGGACUACAAACUACUCAUCUAUAUCACUGAUGACAACUUGCUGUCCAGCAGGAAGAAAGCAGAAGCUCUUGUUGAAACAGGGACAGUGACACUGAGUAUUAAAGUCAUUCCCCACCCACCUACAAUCAUCACCACGACCCCCAGGCCCAGGAUCACCUACCAGGUCCUAAGGAAGAACAUUUACUCUCCGUCUGCCUGGUAUGUGCCUUUUGUCAUCACUCUGGGCUGCAUAUUGCUUCUGGGUCUCCUGGUGUCCCUGGCGGUCCUGCUGGCCAAAGCCAUCCACAGACACUGUGCCUGCAAGACUGAGAAGGACAAGCAACCUCUGGUAAAGAAAGGAGAAAUGAAGAAUGCAGAGGGAGAGGCUGUGGUGGAAACUAUCCAGAUGAACACUGUUUUUGAUGGAGAAGCCAUAGAUCCAGUGACUGGAGAAAUAUAUGAAUUCAACUCAAAAACUGGAGCCAGAAGGUGGAAAGAUCCACUAACCCAAAUGCCCAAAUGUAAAGAGUCCAGCCCCCAGGGAGCCGACCCACACAGAGUCACUGCUGGGGAAGGAAUGGGAAUGCUGAGCUGUGCCAACCAGGAGGAGGACCAGCCGGGUGGCAAAGCAAAGGAUGCUGGCCUGGGUUCCAGGAAGGAGGGUGGCAAGGCCUACACCGCAAAGAACAGAAAGCCGGCCCUUACACGCAAGGCUUCCCCCAAGCUGCACCCGGGAAAGUAA